ACAAAUUAGAUGAUCAUGGUAGUAUGUAAUGAUCAUAUAAUUGUCCCUUUUCCCUCCUUUGAUUUCCCUUAAAGUUUGCUUACAUGUCUCAUAUUAAUCCCCAUUUUAUCUCUUUUUGGAAAUCCUCAUGAUCUCCAUUUCCACCCAUCAAGAGAAUUCUUAUGCAUGCAUGCAUCAUGCAUGAAUCAUGAAUGAUGCAUGACAUAUGUAACCCACCCACAUUAAAAGUAGUACAUACACUAUAUUUAAGUUGCAAAAAUGUUGAAAAACACCAACUCCAAUGCUUCUCUACCUCUCUCAUAUUAAUUCUUCCCGUGGAGCCCGGCGGGCCUUAAGCAAAGCACCAUGCACACCUACUUCACCUGCUCUUUCCUCCUCAUACUCCCACCCUUUUCACUUAAAUACUCUCUCCUUUUUUCACACUCUUUUUUCUCUUUCUUUCAACAACCCCACAAAUUUAACAAAAAAAAAAACAAACACCUUCUCCUACACUUACUCCCACAUAACAAACUUAUCAAAUCCUUACUACACAUUUAUUUCUCUCUCUCUCUCUUUUUUAUAACUCUCAUGAGUAGUUCAUGUCAACACCAAUACCUUCAAUCCCACACCAACCUCCCCCCACCAUCACAACCUCUAGCGUCGGCCUCGGCUAUGGCAUUGCCAUCGCCGUCAGCAUCCUCGUCCUCAUCUCCACCAUCAUGCUCGCCUCGUACGCCUGCGUCCGGAUCAAGUCAUCCGGCGCCAGGCAUCGAGGCGGCGUCACUAUCGACAAUGACGACGUCGAUGGCAUUGAUGCCGCCGACGGUCGAGACCCAAGACGGCCCGGGCCCGUUGUGACCGGGCUGCCCGGCCCGGUCAUGAUAAAGGUGGGCCGGGACAUGCAGCCCAAGAAGGGAGUAUUGUAUCCGGAGGUGGUGUUGGGAGAGAGCAAGAGGCUCCCUAAGCCCAAUAAUGGUCCAUGUUCUAUUUGUUUGUCGGAGUAUAAGCCUAAACAAAUUGUAAGAUGCAUGCCUAAUUGUAACCAUUGUUUUCAUGUUGAUUGUAUUGAUCAAUGGCUUAAGAUGAACCCUACAUGUCCUCUUUGCCGGAACUCGCCUGCGACGUCGGUGGGUCCUACUCCUACUGGAACUCCCUUGUCGGAGCUGGUUCCUCUAGCAUUUUAUCCUAGAUGAUGGAUGAUGGUAUAGUGAUUUGUAGUCGUAAAAAUUAUUUGGAAUUUAUCUAAUCUUACUCUAUUGAAUUUGGCUACAUAUAUAUAAA